GCGGCACUUGGCGGCGGCGGUUGGCGGGGCCGGUGGCGGCGGCGGGGCGGCCAUGCUGCUCACCGUGUUCUGUCUGCGCCGCGACAGUAGCGAGCUCACCUUCUCCCUUCAGGUGGACGCGGACUUUGAACUGCAAAACUUCCGCGCUCUCUGCGAGCUGGAGUCCGGUAUCCCGGCGGCCGAGAGCCAGAUCGUCUAUGCCGAGCGGCCCCUGACCGACAACAACAGAUCCCUGGCCUCCUAUGGCUUGAAGGAUGGGGAUGUGGUGAUCCUGAGACAGAAGGAGGCUGUGGAGCCACGGCCUGCCAUCCGAUUCCCAGGCCUGCCGAGGAUAGACUUCAGCAGCAUCGCUGUUCCGGGCACCUCCUCGCAGCAGGCGGCGGCGCCGCGCCCGCGCCCCUCCCCCCCCGAGGCGCCGGGGCUGCCCCAGGGCCUGAGCAACCCUGUGCUGCUGCGGGAGAUGCUGCUGGCCAACCCCCACGAGCUCUCCCUGCUCAAGGAGCGCAACCCCCCCUUGGCAGAGGCCUUGCUCAGCGGGGACCUGGAGAAAUUCAGCAGGGUGCUGCUGGAGCAGCAGCAGGACCGAGCCCGGCGCGAGCAGGAGAGGAUCCGACUCUACUCAGCUGACCCCUUUGACCUGGAGGCACAGGCCAAGAUAGAAGAAGACAUAAGGCAACAAAACAUUGAGGAAAACAUGACCAUAGCAAUGGAGGAGGCCCCCGAGAGCUUCGGGCAGGUGGUGAUGCUCUACAUCAACUGCAAAGUCAACGGACAUCCAGUCAAAGCCUUCGUGGACUCAGGUGCCCAGAUGACCAUCAUGAGCCAGGCCUGUGCUGAAAGGUGCAACAUCAUGAGGCUGGUGGACCGGCGGUGGGCUGGCAUCGCCAAGGGAGUUGGCACACAGAAAAUCAUUGGCAGAGUGCACUUAGCUCAGGUCCAGAUUGAAGGGGAUUUCCUGGCCUGCUCCUUCUCCAUCCUUGAAGAGCAGCCCAUGGACAUGCUUCUAGGACUGGAUAUGCUGAAGAGGCAUCAGUGUUCAAUUGAUCUCAAGAAGAAUGUGCUAGUGAUUGGCACGACUGGCUCCCAGACCUCCUUCCUGCCCGAGGGCGAGCUGCCGGAGUGCGCCCGGCUGGCUUACGGGGCCGGGCGGGAGGAUGUGCGGCCGGAGGAGAUCGCGGACCAGGAGCUAGCAGAAGCAAUACAGAAGUCUGUGGAGGAAGCAGAGCGUCAGAAGCCUUGAUGCAUGUAGUGUGUGUUUGCUGCAGCUGGAGUGGGCCACAGACCAGAGAAUAGUGACAAAGAAACUACCUCACUGGAACUGCCCUCAUUGCCAGCUCCUGAUGGGUUUCAAAAUCCAGUCCAGUCUCCAGGAUUGAAUUCCAAGAUCUGUAAUCCCAC